CGUAAGGAUCAUUGGUUGAGGUUCAGAGCGGGCUGGAGUAACUUUGAUUCUGUUUAGGACAGCUGUGUUGAUUAAGGUUGGAAAGAGAAGGAUUUUGCCCGCCGUCGUAUUUUGGACUAACACGUUUCACCCCGGUAAAAUGGAGAGCGUCCAUGUCAUUGUUUUGAUCGUACCUUUGAUUUGUUUAAUUGUCCAGUACACUCAUGCCACUGGCACACCACCAGUCAGGGCGGCCAACUGCAAGGAGUGCAUGUUCUGCCAGGUCGUGGAUAAGAAGAUGAGCCUAGCUGCAUCUAAGACCGAGGUCGAUUUGAACCUAACAGAGUGUGCAAACAAAUGCCUUACCGACAACACUUGCAAGAGUGUAACGUGGAAGAAAGCCACACUAGAGUGCAGUUUGUUCACUAGUAACAGCAAUUCCAACUCGAACCUGGCUGCAGAAACUGGUACUGAGUACUGGGGUUAUGAUUCGUGCAGUCCAUCCCCAACGUACACUUGUGCGUAAUCUGGUGAAGUCGACGCUCCUGAAAAAAACAAGACUUGCUUUAUCUCCGUCCAUGAGUGUACGUAGUGAUGCACAACAACACCUAUAGCCGGGAAAUGUGUACCGUCUAUAUAAAUGGGAACAACCACCAUAUAUCUGCUCCAAGUCCUGUGAUAAGUCGAUUUAAACUUGUAAACAGUCUGUUUGAGUAACAGUGUGUACUCUUAUGCGUUGCAGUGUGACACUGCUGGAAUCUCGAAAGUUAUUUGAAUUGUCUUAGCGUGCGCAUGCACCAAGCGGGACAAUAUGAUUAAUGGAAGUAGAAAAACAGUUGUAUGGUUGCGUCUUGGUUCGCUCCUGCAGAUAGCCACACACGCGCGACGAAGCUAAUGAUCAGCGGGCCGUUUGCCUCCGGGAAAGUGUAAGAAAAUUAAAUAUUGUAAAACCUCAGAAAAGGUCUGAAAUUCUCAAAUCCGGUACCCUCACCCUCUCCAGUCAGAAAUCAUCGCCGAAGCCGGUGUAGAAGUUUGACUCCAAAGAUGAAAUGCCCGGGGAACAAAGGAAUCUUAUGUGAUCCAAUCUCUGAGCUGUUGACAGUCAUGCCUUCGAGAGAAACAUGUACCACAAUCCGUAAAAAUUGGUCAGGAUACUUUAUAUUCCAGGGGGACAUUUUCUACUUCUACAAUUGGCACAGAUUUGUGUCUGUUAAUUAUCUGCACAUUCCUGAGAAGUAUCGAUUUAUUACAGAUGACAGGGCCUGCAUGUAUUUGAACAGUGCACAACCAUUACAGCAAAGUUCGGAAAUUCUAGAUCUUGAAAAACGAGUUCAACCCUGACUACCCCCCACCCUCUUAAUUUCAAAUGAUGCUUUUUUAGUUUGCAAUGUUUCUUUUAAGCCCUUAUCAAAGCUUGGCUCCAAAGAAAGUAGUUCUACUGUAUUUGGCACAAACAAGGAUUCCAGUGGUGUCACACAAACGUCGGGGAUUUGUCAACUGCUGAAGAUAUGUCUACAUGUAUAAAUGUUUGCGAUGCCAAAAUGUGCAUUUUCUUUUUUAUAUAUUUUACGUUCAACAAUGCCGGGAACAUUACAUGUACGUCUGAAGCAAGUAUAUGUUAGCCGUUGACAGUGUUUCAGUUUGUUUUGUUUUUUUGGUGAUGUACAAAAUUACACGCACGCUUUAUAGUAUUUAGAAGUAAGUAUACACUGUGAUUUAUUUAUCACAACACGCCAAUCGUUUUUACCUGUAGUCUAAAAUAAUGUGAACUUUUCCUUUUCUCUUCGCCAAAAAGGUCUUCUGAGAGAAAAGCAGAUAGAAGCACUUGGGUUAUUCUACUAUUAUAUAGACCGAACGGACACUCAAUAUAUUGAACUCGUUAGUUAAGAGACUUUAUCAUCUAUCUUGAAAGUUCAAGUUAUUUUCUGACUGCUUGUAUAUUUGAUAAUAAUUUGCCCAUCCUAAAGUAUGUAAAUGUUAUUUAUUGUAUUUUGAUCAUGCAUUCAGUAUAUAAGUACCAAAGUUUGUAGGUAAUCAGAUUAUAUAAAGAUUACUAAGUCACAUUUCUCUCUCUCCUUACAAACUGCUCACUAUAAAUCUCUGACAUGUGCAUGUAUAUGGUAUUUAAUCAACUUGAUAAGUAUCUCUAUUUCAGAAAUGAUGUCAGUAAAGAAUCCAGGUAAUAAAGAUACAGGAAAAAGGUACAGGAAAAAAAGUACGGAAAUGAAGGUACAGGAAAUAAAAGUACCGGACAUAAAGGUACCAGAAAAAAGGUACUUGAAAAAUAGGUACACAAAAUGGCAUAAAUAGGUAAAAAAGGUUCACAAUUAUUUUUUUAAAUAUCAUUUGAAUUCUCCCUUUUUCUUUUUAUAACUUUAACUUUAUUUGUUGCGUAGGCAUUGCAUAGGCCUUAGAAAUAGGUAUAUCAAAUUUCCAGUAUACCGUUAUGGUUUUCAAGAGUGUAAACACGGCUAUCAAGAUCAUGAUGAUUGUAAAGAUUCUAGGACAAUUCCCUCUGCAAAAGGGUUAACCGAUAAAUGUACCCAUGUUCAAGUUAAAUUGCAAUUAAUCAAUUAACAUUCAUCAUAGAGCUGGACCCAAUUAACAAUGUGCCUGGCCAAUUAGGUUUUAACAGAUAAAUCAUUAGAUUUAGACCAAACACAAGCUUUUUAGGGAAAUUGGCGAGAAUCUUAAUGUGAAAUGCCAGGUAGGAUGCCAGGUGCGCCCCACCCCCCUUUCCCAAUAUCCUGGAUCCGCCCCUAUAAGAAUACGACUCGAGUAUUUUAAAAUUUAAAAGAACAUGAAUGUACAUGUACUUAUUACCAAAAAAAACGUCAGCUCCCCUUUUGGGCAACUUCUUCCAUGAAUUUUCCUCAAAUUCAUUCCGUUACAAAAUUAUCCGCAAUGUAUUAAACUAUUUUAAGGCACCACCUUAGUCACAGAAGAAGAAAAAUAGGCAAGAAAAGAUUAAGACAUAGGCCGAGUCUGAACCAGUUGAAGAGAAUAAUAUUCUGAAAAAAAAUUGUGUACCUUUUUUACCUAUUUAUGCCAUUUUGUGUACUUUUUUCCAGUACUUUUUUUCCGGUACCUUUAUUUUCAGUACUUUUAUUUCCUAUACUUUUAUUUCCUGUACCUUCAUUUCCGUACCUUUUUUUCCUGUACCUUUUUUCCUGUACUUUUUUACCGUAUACCGUCAGUAAAGUAUCAUAUGGUACAGUACAAUGUCCGCGAAUAAGAUAUAUGUUGAAAGCUUGAUAUACGAUACAAAAGGAUAUAGAAGACAACCAUACAUUGUAACUCUGAACAGUAAAAAAUUAAAUCGGGCGACAUGUGGUCAAAUAAUAUAUACUUUAACCAUCGUGAAAUCUUAUUCAUUUUUGUUCUUAUUUUUAAUUCUCUAACAAGCGCAAAUAAAUCAGAGUGGUAAAUGUUAAGCCUACACACAUUUGAUCAAAACACACCAAAUGCCGUGAUAAUGCAAUUAUCCACCGCCAUAUAUACAUGUUCUAAUACAUAGGCUUCCAAAUAAUUCGAUAAAAAGAUAACAGGGUCGGCAAUUAUUUUGCUGCUUUCUGCCCAGACUGUAUUCAUCUAGCAAACUUGCGAAGUGGUUCAAAGUACAAAUAAAACUUCAAAUGAAAAACAAAAGUUCAGUUAAUAAGUUAAUGAAAGUCGUCAAACCUUGAAUUCAUGAAUUCUGAAAUAAAAUUUGAAAUUUUCAGAUACACUGCCUCUGAACACAUUACACAACGAUUUUUAUGAGACCUAAUGACUACUCAUAAAUCGUUGUCCAAUUAGUAACCAUGGCAAUCAUUCUUUCCAAAAUUGACAUUCGAUUUAUAAAAGGUUUAAAAACCAUAAAAUACGCAUGUUGUAUGCAAUUUUGAAAUAAUUUUAAGAAGUCGACUCAUUAUAAUAGCUACAUCGGCUCAAUCUGAUCAGCACCAACUGCGAAUAUUCAAAACAUCAGCCAACGUUGUCUGCUGAUGCUGACAGUACGGUAUGACUUCAGCAACAAAACCGCAAUUGAUGUUCUAAUUUUUCCAUGACUAUGAUUUUUUUCGAACAGAACGUUUGAUUUACACGGAUGUGCGUACAUGCAUUCAGUGAGUAUUAACUUUAUAUACACAUGUAUGUUUAUUCGUACUGAGGAAAUCUAGUACAAUUUGAAACAGUAAGCAAGUUAAGAAAAUACAGAAAAGAACAUUACACUGAAUACAGACAAAGCAAUGUACAAUAUACUUAAUUGGACAUUCUACUAAUGUCCCUGCAUCUUUGAGUAAUUAACAUGACAGACUUUCUCAGUUCACACACAGCAUUUCUAUCAUGUCACUGAUUUCAUAAAAAUUGAGUUGGUCAUCUCCCGAGAAAUGGUUCACCAAAUACAUGUACAAAGAAGACUCAGCGACAAGUUUACUAAUACAUGUACAUUCUUUAAGUGACUUGUACUUGAACAUACUUGCAUUUUAUAACAUUGUCCUUCAUGGUCAACCCUGAAUGAAGGCAAUGCUCAUAUACAAGAAGAUCACUCACAACCAAAACAAAAAAUUAAAUACAUGAAGGCCAACGGUCAUGCUGACUGAAUAUCUAGUAUAUACAAUCAUGCUACAUGUUUUAUUUUAUUUAUUCCUUCGAGCAAUUUAACCUGCCUUCAGCAAACAAUUCUUUGUAUGCUUUCAGUGCUUACAAUUCAUGUAUGUUCAUUUCCCCGAGCAGUUAAAGAUAUUCUAACUCGCAUAGUUUGGGGAUUUUACCAAAAUUGAAUGUUUGCGUAUCAAAAAGACAACCUCCACAUCGCAUUUUAUGAGGUUUUGUUUGUUUGUUAGGGUUGUUGUUGUAUCUGUACUAUUCAUUUCCAUCGAAUCUGAGAACACAUAAUGUACGGUAUAUAUAUUGAGCUGUAUUAAAUCUUAACCUGGGAUUUCUUUUGUGUAUUUUAGAAUGGUGCAUAUCUAUACAUUCUGAUCGAUUAAAAAAAUUGUUAGAGCGGUGUCACUUCUUUCAGCAAAACGAAUGCGUCACAAUAACGGCAACAAGAAGAAUUCAUCCCGUUCUCAAUUAUUUGAGCUCUAGAAGGAAGUCUCAUUUUAAAAAUGUAAUUGGAAGCUUGAUAUUAAAAGGCAAGCGCAUGACUGUCACGUGCACUUUUGUUGUCACACGACUUUUCCAUAGGAUUGUUCACAGCGAUGAGUUCCUGGUGCCUCGUUCUGUUUUUGUUGUGCAACGUAAAAUGUCCGCCAUGGUGCAACUUCCAACCCGAUUUUAAAUCUCUUUGUUUUAGUUGGUCUCUGAGAAAUUCAACAUGUCUUCAAAACUGCGCAAUGAAUCGUAGGUGUCCGUUACGUGCCAUUUUGACCAUUUACACCAGAAUAAGGUUUUUAUUCAGAAGAAAAUAGCAUUAAAGAAAGAAAAAUCACAAACCAUCAGUGAUACAUUCUACUUUUUAGUUCAGUUCUGAUAAUUAUACUUGGAGUUUAUGCUUGCGCUUCUGAUGGCACAAACCAUCAUGUUGCAGUAAAGUAAGAACGUAAGACUAGUAAUUCCAGCGUAAUUACUGGCAUCUUUGAGUGAAGAAUAUUACUCAUCUAUUUCGUCUAAUCUGUGAUGUUCACAAAAUGGCGGACUGUUGGAAAUGACCGAUGACACGUAACCCAAGCACAACAAACAACUUGGUAAUCAAACCUUGGAUAAUAACGCAUCAGAUAUGGUGUAACAAUCUACCAGUAUAUCUCACAUUCAAAUACUUAGUUUAUGUUUGUUGUAAUAUCCGACUGCAUUUUGCCCAGCAGAUUUUCUGUUGUUUGCCAAAUUGCGAUCUUCUGUAAGGAUGAUUUUGUCCUCACUUUAGUAAUUGAUUUGACAAUUUUCUCUUUUCUGGUGUAUUUCAAACCAACCGGGAAUAGUGUAAAGUAUUUACUCCGUUGAACGACACUUUCGAUUGUACACUGCAUCGUACUAAUUACACAUUCCUGAUUAAUAAACUGUAUCACAUUGUGAUUAAAUGUAACAUGUUGUUGGGUGAACCCAAUCCCCAAGUAAGAUUUCUAUAAGACGUGCAUGUUUUCAAAUCCUCAAUAAUUCCAUAUGUGAUUAUUGAUUCUAAAAGCAUGAAAAUCUACGAAAUUGUCGAAAAGCCAAAUAAACCGAUAAUUUUUUUCCCAAUUUCACUAGAUAUGUAAGACUUGAAAUAAAGUCUUGCCCAGAAUAUGUAUGCGAGUAAUUGUUUUGUCAGGCGACAUCUUUAACUCAGGUUUUCUGUUCACCUGGUAGAUGACAAAACAGCGCCAAAUAAAGGGGCCAGUUGGGAGGGUCAGAAAAUACAAGCAUCUCUGAUUUGCUGAAAAGGAGAAAUUGGCUUAGAAGAAAUGGAAUGUUUUUCUGGCAUUCUUGAAAACUCCGUGUCGUACAGUUCGCCUAUAACUAGACAAGGAUGCCACUCUCUGUUUUCGUUUUUCAUCUUCCCAGAACACGUACAGGCCAGGAAACGUUAUUUAUAGUGGUAUACAUGUACAUUGUAUAUUGAUCACAUCCUAAUUUCGAAAUAAGCUGAUUUAAAUAAGUCUGUGUUAUUAAAACCAGGGCUCCGUCGCAAAAUAACAACGAACUUAUGAUUAUGAGUUUGACUUCAGUUAAAAAUGUUAAUUUUGAUUUGUACCUUGCGACUUUACUUGAAAUGUGUAAUUAGUAGACCUCCUGAUGUAUGCAUCCUUAUAAAAACUAUCCGGGAACAUCAUGUAUAUAUUUGCCCUAUUGUCAGAACCUUUUAUAUUUCUUGAUAAAGUGGCAUAUUAUUGUCUUCAAUGAGGUUGUUCUACCCUGGGAUUAAAAAUCAAUUCCAGCAUUGUCGUAAUACCCAUGCUUGAUAUGUAUGGAAAUCAACGAGUCUUAUAUAAAUAGCACCAAACAGCUAGCUUCCCUUUUUACCGUAUAUAUCAUCGAAACAUGAGAAAAGCGGUAUUUUUUUGUUGCACAAGCCAAAUUGAGAACACUGAUGUACCGGUAAACAAUCGAUUGACAGGUUCAUUGAAGAAUCACUAACCAAUCCUUUUAACCCAGAACAGUAUAUUGAAUAUAUAUUUUGUACAUGGUGUAUGGUGGUACAUAUUCCUUAGUGCGAAUUGUUAUUCUGCCAAGUACUUUUUGUGUUUAACACGGGGAUAUACAUGUAAACACACAGAGAAUGUUUAACAGUGAAAGAGUGUAUUGUUAAAACUAACUCGCUGUUUUGUCGCAAUUUUUAAUGGACUUUAUAUAUGAAUCAUGACCCUACUGACGAUAAUAUAACUUUUGAGCAAUUAGUUUAUAGUGCUUUGCAAAAAGAUAUAGUUGUUCAAGUCCAGUGCAGUUUAAGUGCUAAUCCUUAAGAUGAGAUGAGGGAUAACAUGUGCAUUGCUGAAACUCAUUUCUACUUCUGGUACCGAAAAAUAAAACGGUUACCCUUGAAUGUCUGGUAAACAUAUUUUAGUGUACGAGACCUGCAUGUAAAUUAUAAACUCCAUGUAAAUAUUGUCUUGGCCAUACGAGGCCAAUACAUGUAAUGUUAUCAAGGUUAAACAGUUCUAAUCUAUGUACCUAGUUUUACAGAUUGAUCCCCAAUUUGGGAAAAUUCCUUUCUAGAGAUUUUAAAUGUCUACAUUGUUGUUCAAGUCCACCUGAAAGCAUUAUCGAUUUAUCGAUUAUCGAUUUUAGUCAUUGGUCGUUUUUUAUCAGAUAUACCGGUAUUCAUUUUACUGUUUUCCUAAGAAUUUGGCCGUCCAUCCUAAAAACUUCGUUACUUGAGAAAUUAUUUUCGAGGUUAAAAAUAAAUAAUUCCGUUGGCGUAAAUGUUUCCUCGAGUUUGAUAUUAUUAGCCCCAGUGUCGGCCUUCAAAUUUUAGGUUCAAUGCACUGCGCAUCGAUACAUGUAUUUGGGUGUCUGAUAUUUUUUUUACGCUGGUAAAGUUAUGUCAGUGGUACAGGUCCAGUUAGAAAAAAAACAGUCUUAUGUCAUAAGAUUUCUUUAAACACCGUCACCCUGCUUGAAUAUAGGUUUGCCCUGAUUCUGAAUUUUGUACUGAUCUAUGCAUGGUGUAUCUUCACAAAAUCAACGGAAAUCUUACGGUUACCGUUUUCCAUUGGAGUUGUUAAACCUAACAAAUGCAGAAAUACACAAGGGUGGCCUGUACUGCUUCCUAUACCUGUACUCGAAACUGCAGUAUGAAUACUUUGAAAAGGUUUCGAUUGUUCGUCUCCAGUAGUCGAUCACUUGAGAAAGUACUAGUAUAUACAUGUAUAUCAUCAUUCCGAAGUCCAGUACAAAAUAUCGAUCAGAAGUGUGACAUCGAUUUAACCUGGGGGGGUCGAUGCCAUGUGAACAGUGAAAGUUUUAACCUGGGGAUAAAUGUGUAUGGUAGUUAUCUAUUGGAAAUUUAUAAUUGCCUCAAGUGUUACCCCGAGACAAUGUAGCCCGAACUGUAACUGAAAAAGGGUAUGAGAAUUUGAAAAAUAUAUUUUAUGUGUUAAUAUUCUCUGUAUGAAACGUGCGAAUGCCAUUAUUAUAUUUCAACUCCCGUUUAAAACAUUGAUUUAAAUGUCGAAUGACCUUUAUGUUGUACAGGUAUUUGUAAAUCUUUGUGCACGUCUACAAUAAUUUGACAUCGAACAAAAGACUACCGUACCACCCCUACCACUCUCUUAUUCGGUUUCUUUCGUAUGAUUCUGGUAAGUUUACCUCGAGAAAAUGUCGUAAAUACUUAAAAUAUUAUGUUAUCCAACUGUAGUUUAAGCCUAGUACAAAACAUUUAUCAGACGUCUAUGAAAUUUGAAAUAUCACACUUUUUUGCCACAAAAACAUUUUCUUGGUUAGUUUUAUGGAAUAAUGUGUCCUGUAUAUAACACUGAUUAACAACUAAAAUCAAAUCAUCUACUUUAAACAAGUACAUGUUAGUAAUAAAAAAGAACAAAUUCAGAAAAUUGAAAAAUAUCAUUAAAGUCCACCAUCUUUGUCUAUUUUUGAAAAAAUACAUUACUUUAAUUAUCCUACCAGUAUGUUUAUUAGCUUACCUUUGGUAAGACUUUGACUUGAUAACUGACCUGAGAAAUUUUGUAUUUAUAUUCCGACUUAAAUUUUACCUUUGGUAAGAUUCUGAUUGUCCAUCUUGAGAACAUGUUGUUGAUAACUUGAGAAAUUAUAUUAUCAUUGUUAUUCAGGUUCAGUACAAAACAUUUAUUAGAAAUGUGAUAAUAAUUCAACCUGAGGAUCUUUUACUCACAAAUGUAUUCUAAGGUCGAUUGUACACGCACUGUUUUAGCGCAUUAUGCUUUAGAUUU